CGAAAACAUUAUUUUCAAACCGGUUAGGAUGUCAAGUCAUUGGGCUCCCCUAUCAUCACACUAAAAUAAAUAAAAUUUGAAUAUAAUUUGUGGACUAAGAAACAUUGGCAGCUGAUUAUAGCUAUGGACUCUCCGUCAUCGGCGGCGGCGAAGAAGGACGUGAAAACACUAGUUUCACUGUACUCCAACUAUCUAUGGAGCAGUGUGCGUAACUUAUUGCCUGCUACUUCAUCUGUUUACCCCUCCAGCCUGCUCGCCGGUAUUUCAAAUAUCUAUGGCGGCGGCGGCGGCACUGCCGCCCACGCCACCAGGCGCCGCCGCAGAAAGACGUGCCUUCCACUUCCUCUGCCUAAUCCCGCCUCAGUCCGAUCUUCCUCCUCGGAUGCAUCUGAAGCUUCCAGAAUUGUUUAUGUGCUGGAGGACAUCAUAGAACACAUUUUCCUAAAUUUGCACUACAUCCAGAAGAACUUGGAAUUCUGGCAAUCUAAAGCUGAGGAGUCGAAUGCUCGACAAGCAUACUUUAUGAUAUGUGAGAGAGGUCCACGCGCAUUUUUUAAUGGCACAAUCCAACUGAUACGUGACUGUGUUAGUGAUGAGUUUGGGAAACAACACACAUAUGGUUUGGCAUCCUCUUUUAUAGCGGAGAGAAUAACUGUGUUGAGCAGUUUAAGAUGCUGUUUGGCUACAUUUCUUGCUCAGAUCUACAUGGAGGUCGACACCACUGGAAAUCAAUUAGUCAAGGACCCUGAGAAUUCGAUGCCAUCAUUAUUGGUAAAGAUCAAUGAUCUGUUUCUGCAGUUGGAGGCUUCUAUUGGUCAUUUUCAUGCAACAUGUCAGACAGGCUCUUCUGUUGAAGUUGGCUGUUCAUUUCCUCUAAUGUUUGAGAAGCUUCCAAAAGUAAAUACAGAUGGUUCUCGGUGGACAAACUGUGAGAUUCAAGAUGCCAUCAACUUUAUUAACCAGAACUUACAAAAAUUGGAGUCAUACUUAUCAAUGACGGUUAUGAAUUACAAGAAGCCAAGGAGCGUAACUCUUCAUUGGAUGCACUAUACCUGUGGGAUAGUGGGUGUCUCCAUGUUUUCAAUAUGGCUUCUCCGCCAUAGCCGUUUAAUGGGGAGUCCUGAUAUUGACAAUUGGAUUUGUGAAGCAAAGGAGUCUACAAUAAUUUUUUGGAAUGAUCAUGUAGAGCAACCGAUUCUCGCAAUAAGAGAUGAACUUUUCCAUACAUUCAGGAAGAGGCAGAAAGGUGCAAUGGAACUUGAAGAAGUACAGAUAACUGCCAACUCUCUACACAGAAUGUUGCGAGCUUUCACUGAGCAAACAAAAGGUGUGAAGCUUCCAGAGGAUGCCACAGACAAUGAAAUGCUAGAAGUAGUAAUGGCAAGAUAUGAAAAAGAAGUGAUGCAUCCAAUCCAAAAUCUACUCUCUGGGGAGCUUGCUCGAGCUUUACUUAUUCAGGUCCAGAAGUUAAAGCUUGACAUUGAAGAGGCAAUGCUAGAGCUGGAUCAAAUUCUUAGAGCAAAUGAAAUCAACUUUGCUAUCCUAGCUGCUUUACCUGCCUUUUUCCUCUCAGUUUUUGUUAUGGUCUUGGCUAGGACAUGGUUUAAACGGGAUACUAGAGCUGAAGGAAGGGGAAGAGUUGCUCAAAUUCAAAGAAGGCUCCUUAUUGUAGAAGUUGAAAGAAGAAUUAUGCAAUUAGAACGCUGCAAUCAUCAAGAACGAGAGGAAAGACCAAGCUUUUCAGACAAGGAAGAGGAUGCUAAAUGUAUAUUCGGCUUGGUUCUUUAUUAUCUGGACCGUUUGCACGGUGCAGCAGAAGGGCACGCAAGGGCAACUGGUGAAUGGAUAAGUUUGAGACAGGACAUUCUCAAUUUGGCAAAUCCAAACAUUCCAACGACGCAUAAACUGAAGAUUACUUCGCGAAUGGAGCGCGUAUACGACUGCUUGCUUCCUAUGCCGAAACGCCAAUAGUUCUGUCGUGUGUUUGGGUUCUUGGGCCAUUUUUACACGCUCGAGAGUCGGAUUUUUGGUACGUUUGCUGCACUUUAUGCUGAAGCAUUUGAUUUUCUCUUGUUGUUUUAUUUACCAGUGUAAUAAAUUCUUCACUACCCAUGUUAUGAUUCCCCUAUGCACUUGAUUUGUCCCACUAUUUUUCUUCGUCCCAGUUUUGUCAUGUGUCAUGUUUGGGUGGUUUACAUUU